UCUGAGGGGGAAAGAGCCAGCCUGGGCCGGGAAGGCGGCCGGAGAUGGAGCCAGAGCUCGGAGCUGGUGCUCCAUGAGCAGCUCCAUGAUGGGGAGAAGCCCCAGAAACGUGUGGAGUGUGGGAAGAGGUUCUGGAGGAGCUCCGACCUAAAGAAGCACCAGAGGACCCACACUGUGGAGAGGCCCUACAAGUGUGAUCAAUGCAGGAAAAGAUUUAAGACCAGCUCCCAUCUCCUCCAGCACCAGCGCACGCACACAGCGGAGACGCCCUUCCGCUGCCCCGACUGUGGGAAGGGAUUCAGGCACAAGUCCCAUCUUGUCAUGCACCAACAAAUCCAUACUGGGGAGAGGCCCCAUAAGUGUGAGGAAUGUGGGAAGAGCUUCAGCCGGAGCUCCAGCGUGAUCCGGCACCAGGUAAUCCACACUGGGGAGAGGCCCUAUGAGUGUGGGCAAUGUGUGAAGCGCUUCAGCUUGAGAUCCCAGCUGAUGAGGCACCAGGUGGUUCACACUGGGGAGAGGCCCUAUGAGUGUGAGGAAUCUGGGAAGAGCUUCAGCUGGCGCUCCACCCUGAUCAGGCACCAGAGGACCCACACUGGGGAAAGGCCCUACGAGUGUGAGGAGUGUGAGAAGAGCUUUAGCUUGAGGUCCGAGCUGAUCCGGCAUCAGAGGACUCACACUGGGGAACGGCCCUAUGAGUGUGAUCAAUGCAGGAAGAGAUUUAAGUCCAGCUCUGAUCUCCACCAGCGCACGCACACAGAGGAGAGGCCCUUCCGCUGCCCCGACUGCGGGCAGGGCUUCAGGCACAACUCCCAUCUUGUCAUGCACCGACAAAUCCAUACUGGGGAGAGGCCCCACGAGUGUGAGGAAUGUGGGAAGAGCUUCAGUCGGAGCUCAACCCUGAUCAGGCACCAGAGGACCCACACUGGGGAACGGCCCUACGAGUGUGGGGAGUGUGGGAAGAGGUUCAGACAGAGCGCCAACCUGAUUCAGCACCGGAACAUCCACACUGGAAAACGGUCACACAGGUGUGGGAAAUGUGGGAAGGGCUUCAGGCAGCAUUCCUACUUGAUCCGCCACCAAAAGAUCCACACUGGGGAGAGGCCCUACGAGUGUGAUAAAUGCAGGAAGAGGUUUAAGACCAGCUCCUGUCUCCUCCGGCACUAUCGCAUUCACAGAGAGGAGAGGCCCUUCCAAUGCCCCGACUGUGGGAAGGGAUUCAAGCACAACUGCACCCUCGUCACCCACCAACGCAUUCACACUGGGGAGAGGCCCUACGAGUGUGAGGAGUGUGGGAAGAGCUUCUCACAGCGCUCUCACUUGAACAAGCACCAGCGGAGCCACCAGUAA